AUGAGAAGGUGUUCGAAUCGCAAAUUCCUAAGUGUGGACGAUGUACGAUAUCAUGUGAUGAAAAAUGCUAAUUACUACAGGUGGACAGCAUAUGGUGAAUGUUGGGAUGAUCAAGGAACCUCUAGUGUGCAAUUGUCUGAAACUAUCAUGGAAAAUGAUUUUCAAACUGGGACUAAUGGCCGAUACCAUGAAAUGGUACUUGAAGGGUUUGGUUUAUCGCCUCAAAUUGAAUUCAUGGAGGAGGCACCUAGUGCUGAGGCACCUAGUGCUGAGGCACAAAGGUUAUAUGAAAUGUUACAAGCAACAAAUAAAGAGUUAUGGCCAGGAUGCAAUAUUCACACAAAACUGUUUGCUGUGGCACGUUUGAUGAACAUGAAAUCGGAGCAUCAUUCCUCUGUAAAAUGUUUUGAUCAGAUUUUCGAGUUUGAGAAAGAAGUUCUACCCGAAGAUAAUGUGCUUCCAGAUAAUUUUUACAAAACAAAAAAGUUAAUUGAGGGUUUGGGUCUACCAGUGGAAAAAAUUGAUUGUUGCAGAAAUAAUUGCAUGAUAUAUUGGUCUGGUGACAGUGAGUUACAAGAAUGCAAGUUUUGCCAGCUUCCUGGAUAUAAACGCACGGUAAACAGCUUGACAAAGCAAGUUGUUCAGAAACCAUAUAAGAAGAUGUAUUACUUUUCUCUCACUCCAAGGUUACAACGGCUUUAUGCAUCAGACGCAACAGCACCCCAUAUGAGAUGGCAUGCUGAACAUGAAUAUGAGGAAGGGGUUAUGCAUCAUCCAUUUGAUUCUCUUGCAUGGAAACACUUUAAUGCAUGUUAUCCAUUAUUUGGAUCAGAGAUAAGGAAUGUGAUGCUUGGAUUGUCUACUGACGGAUUCCAACCAUUUGGACAAUCUAGCCAACAGUACUCAUCUUGGCCCAUCAUUCUGACACCGUAUAAUCUUCCGCCAUGGCUGUGUAUGAAGUCAAAAUAUAUAUUUCUCACUGUUAUAGUUCCAGGCCCAAAUAAUCCUAAAUUUAAAAUUGAUAUAUUCUUACAACCCUUAAUCGAAGAACUAAAACAAUUAUGGAACAUGGGGGUUGAGACAUAUGAUGUGGAUAAGAAGCAAAAUUUUCUCAUGCGGGUUGCUUUGCUAUGGACCAUUAGUGACUUUCCUGCUUUUGCCAUGCUUUCUGAUUGGAGCACUGCAGGAAGGCUUGCAUGCCCAUAUUGUAUGGAUAACGCUGAUGCAUUUACUUUGCCAAGAGGUGGCAAAAAAUGUUGGUUUGACAAUGAUCGCAAAUUUUUGAACCACAACCAUCCAUGGCGGAAGAAUAAAUCAUGGUUUAGAAAAAAUAAAGUUGUAAUUGAACAUGCACCUCCAGUAAGGACUGGAGAGGAAAUUUUGCAUGAGAUAAAGAGUCUUGGAUUAAUGAGAGUGACAGAUCCAGGUUCAGAUGUUAAUGCUAUUAUUAAGGGUAAAACAAAAGAUAAUGCAAAAGCAAAAGAAGAUAUGAGGGAAAUAUGUCAGCGGCCUGAGUUGGAGAUUAAUGCAGAAACUGGCAGGUAUCCAAAAGCAAUAUAUGUAUUGGACAAACUGGCAAAACAAGUUAUUUGUGAAUGGAUGAAGGGACUCAGAUUUCCUGAUGGUUAUAUGUCUAACAUGGCUCUAUGUGUCGACAUGAACAAGUACAGAUUAUUUGAAAUGAAAAGUCACGAUUGUCAUAUUUUCAUGCAAAGGUUGUUGCCUAUUGCUUUUCGUGAAUUGUUACCAAUGAGAGUAUGGGAAGCGAUUACCGAGCUAAGUAUUUUCUUUAAGCAACUAACGAGUAUGAUCUUACGGGAGGAAGAUAUGCUAAGGCUUGAAGAGGACAUUCCGGUUAUACUAUGCAAAUUGGAGCGAAUAUUUCCUCCUGGUUUCUUCGACUCGAUGGAACAUCUUCCGGUUCAUCUUGCAUAUGAAGCUCGCAUUGGGGGUCCUAUGCAAUAUCGUUGGAUGUAUCCUUAUGAGCGGUAA